UCCUUUUUCUCAAUUCAGAACAAUUCACACACGACACAAAACGAACAAACCCAUAACCAUGACCGAUAAUCUACCCAACAUGGCCGAUGCCGAUAGCUGUCUUUCUGACAGCCAGCUAGAGGUCCUAAGGAAACAAUACAUUCGUGAAGGAGAAUAUGUAACAGAACAAACUCGUUUUAAUUAUGCUUGGGGCCUUAUUAAGAGCAAGAACAGACGAGAGCAGACUCAAGGUGUUUUACUCCUCACUGACAUCUAUCGCGAAGUACCGGAUAGAAGACGUGAGUGCUUGUUUUAUUUAGCUCUUGGACAUUUCAAGCUCGGCAACUAUAAUGACGCUCGCAAAUUCAACGAGUCGUUGCUGGAAUUUGAACCUAACAACUCACAAGCCCGUGCGCUUCGUCAAGAGAUCGAGGACCGUGUUGCCAAAGAGGGAUAUAUCGGAAUGGCCAUUGUUGGAACAGCAAUGGCAGUAGGAACGAUUGUCUUGACCUCACUUUUGAAGAGACGCUAAACAACCUUUUUGCAGGAAAUAUGGGGAAUACACAGCAACAAUCGUCCAUAUAUAUGCUAACGACAGGAAACUCAAUGAAUCCCCGCCAUGGCUGCAUAUAUUUUGUUUUGCUAUUAUUUUUACUAUUAUUAUUAUUAUUUUGAUCAAAAGCUCAAAUAAGCAUAUAAAUCUAUUGGAUAUGCUUCAGAUACCUUGCUCGAGCCCAACCAUGAGAAUGUAGAGUAUGUUGUCACCUAGACAAGUGACUGAUCUAUCAUAUUUACUCGUUUUCGCAUACCAGGUCCAGAUCCAGGUCCGGAACUUUUUCAAAGCAAUAAAGUAAUAAACUAUGACAUGGAAUUGACUUACU